GGGUGCUUCGGUGCGUGGUCUCCUCUCGCCGUCGCCAGCUUGUGUCUCGUCUUUUGCCCGCCUGCCCGGGCCGAGCGGAGCUGGAACAUGGCGGCGGGUCUGGAUCAUCUAAAAAAUGACUACCGAAGAAGAUUUUGCCGGCCUUCCAGGGUACCUGACAUUAAUACUGACCAAAGCCAGAACAUGCUAGAAAUUUUAGAAAACUGUUUUGAAGAAAAAAGUUUUAUUGAUGAUUUUAUCACAAGUUCUACAAAAUCAGUGCUUUAUUCAACACCCAAAAUAAAACACAGUGGUUUUCAGUCACCAAGCAAAGAUUGCCAAAAAUCAUACCCAAAGUCAUUUCCAGUUUCUUCGAGGGAGAAAGAAGCAUCUCAGCCAGACCUUAUAGAACCAAGUGAAGCUCCUCAUAGAUCAGUUCAUGCCUGUGGAAUUCAUCAGAAAGUUCUGGCAGCUGAUGUUUGUUCUAAAAGUACACCAGACUUGAAAAAAAAGUCAGAUAAAAAACUAAAUGGUCUUUGUGCUGAAGCUGAUGAAGAAUUUUACAUAUCAGUUGGCUCACCCACUGUUCUUCUGCAUGAAAAGCCAUCGGAAUCGCAAAAUGCUAUUUCAUCUGCUCAAAAGAGAGAAACUGACACUUUUGGAAAUUCAGUAAAUAUGUUAUCUUCAAAUACAGAGAUUUCUCUUAAAACCAAAAAAAGGUUAAAUUUUGAAGAUGAAGAUAUUUUGAGAAAUGUAAAGAAAGGCACUAACAAAUCAGAGAUAGAGGAUAAAAUAUCAGGACAAGAAGAAAGGAGACUAUCAGAAACAUCUCCAAAAAGGGUACAAGAUACAGGAUAUGAAAUUCAAUCACAAACGAAAAAAAGUUUUUCAACAUUGUUUAUAGAAACUAUAAUGAGAAAAAGUGAAUCCAGUCUCAUUGUUAGGCAUACAGCAAUGGAACCAUCCCAUUCAUCUCCAAGUAAUAAAAAGUUGUUAGAAGAUGAAUUUAUAAUUGAUGAGUCCAGUAGAAGUUUUGCCCAUCAACCUUGGAUUACAAUACCAAAAAAAGGUAGACCUUUGAACCAACAUACAAUAUCCUGUGCCGAGAGCACUGCAGUCCUUCAAGAUAAGAAGGCAGGAGAACAUCAGAGUGUAUCACCUGUGACUCUGACAAAUGACAAACAUUUAUAUAAAACUCACCCAGAAGAGAAAUCUGAGCCCUCUAGUAAACACAAACCAAGUACAAGUUGCAUUGUGAUAGAUGAAUUGGAAAAUACUCAUAGAUCUAUGAAAGUGCAUUCUGAGAAAGCUAAAAGUUCACCUAGAAACAAAAGGAAGAACAGAAAAGCAAAGCAAGAACAGAAAAGAAAAUUGAAGACCAAUGUUGAAGAACAGCCUGCUACAGGACAAUCUGAAGAUGAACAUAUGUCAGAUAUUGCGCAAGACAAGUUACCAAGAGAUUCAGACAGGACUGUUGAAGGUUGUGAAAAGAUAAGAAAUGAUCACAGUGUCAAAAAAGAGAUACCUCCUGUGGAAAAUAUGAAAACAAAAUGUAGAACCAAAAAAGAUAAAGAAUCCAGAAAGAAACAUUUUUCCAGUGAGUCUAAGAGGGAAAAAAUUGUACCUGAAGAAAUGACUUUCACUGUCACAAGAAGUCGCAGAAUUUCCAGGCGUCCAUCUGAAUGGUGGGUUGUACCUUCGGAGGAAAGUGCUGUUCAUAGCAUUUCAUUAGUAAAUGAUAUGUCAGUGUGCCACAACAGUAGACAGAAACCUGCUAAAACAGCAAAUCAGUCAUCUAAGAAUAUUGUGAAAAAAACUGUUCCGCCAAAAAGACAGAAGAUAUCUACUCAAGGAAACUCAAUAGUGCAAAAGUCUUUAAAUGUUAAAAGUUCUGGGGGUAUUACUGACCGUGAUGAAAUUUCCAGUCGUCCCCAGAAUGAGUCAUUGGAAAGUGACAAAACAGACCUAACUAAGAAAAACAGUCUUGAUUGUUCCAGAAAAACAGGACAUUCAAAAGAUCAAGGUGGUAUUAUGUCCACACAGAAUGUUCACCUAAAGUCUCAAGCCAAUGAAGGUACAUACAAGAUACCAGUAGAAUCUAAUUUAGAUUCUGGAGAGUCAAAAAUUUCAGUUUUGGAAGAAAGUGGACCUUCUAGGCUCAAGAAUUAUUUAAUGUCUGGAGAGAAUAAUUCUAAUGUGAAUAAUGAGGUUCAGGAAAGUUUAGACAACUCAAGAAUGAAAGGAUCCAAAGUGGCACCAGGGAAUAAUGUGCAUUACAAAAUAGUGCUACCCUCCAGGACACCAGGUGUUCGCAGGACUAAGAGAAUACGUUCAAAACCUUUGGAAUACUGGCGAGGGGAGAGAGUAGAUUAUAAAGAAGCAGCAUCAGGAGGAUUUGUGAUUGAUGGAAUACUGUCCCCAGAAACAGUAACUUCUAAAAGGAAGGCAAAAGGAAAAGUCAUCAAGAUAGAUACUAGGAAAAAGAUCUGUCUUGAUAACAUUGAAAGAAAAAGUAGGUUACUGGUAAAUUGUGAUAUAUCCCUUGGAGAUCCUUUUCAGCCAACACAAGUAAAGGACCCAGAAACAAGAGAGAUUAUUCCCAUGGAUCUUAUAAGGCCACGAGAUACAUACCAAUUUUUUGUUGAGCAUGGCGAGUUGAAAGUAUAUAAAACAUUGGAUACACCUUUUUUUUCUACUGGAAAAUUGAUAUUAGGACCUUAUGAAGAAAAAGGCAAGCAGUAUGUUGGUGAGGAUAUACUGGUUUUUUAUGUUAAUGUUGGUGACCUUUUGUGUACCUUACAUGAAACACCUUAUAUAAUAGCUACUGGAGAUUCAUUCUAUAUUCCUUCAGGCAAUUAUUACAACAUCAAAAAUCUCCGGAAUGAGGAAAGUAUACUUCUUUUUACCCAAAUAAAGAGAUGAAACGACGAGGCAAGGUUAAAUAGUGGUGGAUGUGUAAAUAUAUAUGUGUGUGUGUGUGUAUCUGUAUCUAUGUAUAUGUAGAUAUAUAGAUGUAUACACACUCCCACUGUAUAUAAAACAGUGUAUGAUUGGGACAUUUACUUUUGUAACUAUAUGCAAUAUUGUAAA